AUGGCUACCGCCGAGCUGGUGCAGUUGAUAGAGGAGGAGAUACCAGAGGGAAGACAACAUCUCCAGGAAAGUUAUGCCAAUCUUAACAGGGUCGCAGAAUAUUGCGAAGGGAACUAUCUUCAGUCUGAUGACAAACACAAGGCUCUGGAAGAAACUAAAAACUAUACAACACACUCCCUGGCCAGUGUGGCUUACCAAAUCAACAAUUUGGCAGCCAGUUUUCUUAAACUUUUGGACUUGCAACAAGGUCAGUUGGUCGAAAUGGAAUCCAAUGUCAACCAUCUUGCACAGUUGGUGAUGAUUCACAAAGAGAAGGUUGCACGCAGAGAGAUUGGUGUCCUGACAGCUAACCGCAAUGCAACUCGUCCCCCUGGAGUAAAGAAUGGGAUCAUCUUCCCUGAACAUGUGGAACGCCCAAUGAAAUACAUUGCCAAAGCCAUUGAUUACGGCACUUUAGAUGAUAUUGGUCAUGGAAUGAAAGUAAGAAAUGUGCAGACGCUGAACCCCAGGACUGCUCGUAGUGCUUCCAUGAGUAGUGGUUCCUCAACACAAGCCCCGACUUCAAAACCUCCAACCCCUCCUACUGUUCGGGCUUGUGGUACUCUAGGACGGUCACAGGGAUCCUCUCAUUACCGAACCCCAGCACCACCAGUGGCCCCUCCUUCAGUGCCGUCACACUAUGCUCCUAACUAUGCAAUGGGUGUCCAGCAAGGUGGCGGAGGUAGUAGCAGCAGUAGCGGAAGUGUAGGCCGCAGCAAGGAUGGCAGUGGCUAUGCAGCCACAACAACAAUCAUGGCAGGUGGACAAGUCAUACCACCUGUGGGCAUGGCACGGCCAAUUACCCAAACAGGAAGUGGCGGUCACACUCCCUCAUCUCCCAAUAUGAUCCAUGGUGUACAAGUGCCACCACAAACUUUGGCUCAAGGAGCAAUUGACCUGCCUCCACCACCAUCUGAAAUACAGGACUACAUGCCAUUUGAAGGUUUGCUUCCCCGGCCACCAUCACAGAUGUUGGAUCCUUCACCAUUUGCAGGCCUGCCUCUUCCCCCAGUCAUUAUGAAGAACAACAACAACAUUCCAAUAGAAGUGUCUCCUCCUUUGCCACCUCCUCCUACUUUGAAUCAACAACAGAAGGCCUCCACUCCUCCAGUGUCUCAACAUUUUGACUAUCCUCAAGGAGGAGUGCCUCCACCACCACCAGAGUUCAGUGAUACUCUUGAUGAUGAUCAACCUCUGCCCAUGCCAGAAGAAGAUCCAUAUGCAGCCACAGGGCCAGAUCUUACUGAACCACAGUGGAUGCCAAAGAAAUAUUUAGAAAAAGUGGUGGCCAUUUAUGAUUAUCAGGCAGACAAAGCAGAUGAGCUUACUUUCACAGAGAAUGCAGUGAUUUAUGUGAUAAAGAAGAAUGAUGAUGGUUGGUGGGAAGGGGUUAUGGAUGGUGUUACUGGGCUCUUCCCUGGCAAUUAUGUGGAACCUUGCAUCUAA